AUGGAGGAAUUGGUCGUAGGCGUGGAAAAAGUGAGAGCCGGGAAGGAUGAUGAGGGUUUAAAUGUUGAUGAAGAUCCCACCAUGAGCGAAUUUCUAGAGAAUGAGAAAGGAUCGGUACGGAUCGAGCGAGCCGAGUGUGGGGAUAGGCCUAAAGGGGAAAUUAAUAUCCCAUCCGACCUUCCAUCGAUGAUCACCGUGAGGAAGAAGAAGGAGAAGGCUUUCAAGCUCGUAAAGGAGACACUAAAGUCAACAAUUUCAAUUCGUAAGCCAACUCGAAAGAAUUCUAUCUCUCGCCUCUAA